UAAAAAAGAAAAAUCUAUGUUAGGACAGUGUGAACCCUCCCGUGACGUUAAGACUCCUCUCUCGGGAAAGAACGAUUUUGCUUUUAUUGGUAGAGAGAGAAAGCACAGACUGCUCUCUUAUGGCGACACGCAACUGAAGCUUCUCUGUAGUAACGAGUUACCACAACUAAGCAAUCACGAUUUGAAGUUAUUACUUGAUAUCUUCUUGUUUUAUGUGGAGUUUGAAAUGCUGAAGCUACUUAGGGUUUAUUACGCCUUCAUCGAUUUUCUGUUCUUUGUCUCUGUAUUCAUCUCUGUAUUCGAGUAUAGAGAGUGAAAUUUCAAGGCUUUUAAUGUUCAACGCCGUCAUUUGAUCUGAUUCAGCCAUUCCUUCUGCACUUGCAAAUGAUGGCCACUGAACUCAUCAACUCUGCAACAAGUAGUAAAUUGACUGAAGUGGAUUGGACAAAAAACAUUGAAAUAUGUGAAUUAGUAGCACAUGACCAAAGACAAGCAAAAGAUGUUGUUAAAGCAGUUAAGAAACGCCUGGGAAGCAAAAACUCAAACACUCAACUUUAUGCAGUUUUGUUGUUGGAGACGUUGAUGAAUAAUAUUGGAGAUGAUGUAUACAAGCAGGUGAUUGAUGUGGGAAUUCUCCCUAUUCUAGUGAAGAUAGUUAAGAAAAAGACUGACUGGCCUGUGCGAGAAAAGAUAUUUCUUCUGUUGGAUGCCACACAGACGUCCCUUGGUGGUGCUAAAGGAAAGUUUCCUCAGUUCUACGCUGCAUAUUAUGACUUGGUGAGUGCAGGAGUACAGUUUCCCCAAAGGCCUCCUUCUACAGCUAAUCGUCCAGCUUCACAACCAAAUAUAAAUGGUACACUCAUUGGGGAACUUGCUGCAGCUAGACAAGAAGAUGCUGAUGUGCAAGCAGAGACUCGAAUUGUUCCAGAUUCUAGUAUUAUCCAGAAGGCUAAUAAUGCAUUAGAGGUAUUGAAAGAAGUCCUUGAUGCUGUUGAUCCUCAGCGUCCUGAGGGUGCUAGGGAUGAAUUCACUCUUGAUCUCGUGGAACAGUGUUCGUUUCAAAAGCAGCGUGUAAUGCAUCUUGUGCUAACUUCCAGGGAUGAGGCAGUAGUUUCUCAAGCAAUUGAGUUGAACGAUCUACUCCAGAAAGUUCUUACUAGACAUGAUGAACUCCUCUCAGGCAAGUCUACAUUUUCAGAUAGGCCUAGAGCUACUGUAAAUCAUCUUAAUCAUGAAGAGGCUGAAGAAGAACAAGAAGAGGAGCCUGAGCAGCUUUAUCGGAGAAUGCGGAAAGGCAAAGCUUGUGCAAGGCCUGAUGAUGAAGAGCACCUAGUUGAACGACCACCGGUGGGUUUGUUAGCAUCUUCAAUUCCGGCGGAAAGGCUGAAUCGUCCCCUUAUACGGCCCCUUCGUUUGGAGCCAUCAGAUGAACCCAAUGGUUAUCCUCCUCCACCACCUGUUGUAAUACCACCACCGCCUGCAAAACACGUUGAAAGGGAGAGGUUCUUUCAGGAAAGCAAGGCUGAUGGUACUGCCGUGGCUGGCCACAUGAGAGGUCUCUCCUUACACAGUCGCAAUGCUAGCAGUUCUCUCAGUGGAAGCUUUGAUUUUAGCGAUUGACUAAAUUGAGUGAUUGUUGUUCCUGCUUGUGGUGGUGUUUUGAUCUUGGUUAAUAUGUUGGUUAGUGUGUGUGUUUUCUCUCUUAAUUAUGAGUGUUGGUGUUAGGCUCUAUAUUUGAAGGGUCGGACUCGGCCAGCCGUGGGUGGAAGGUGUGGUGGAGCCGUGGAGGGCUGGGUUUGUAAAGCGUAUGGGUUUUUAUAUGGUCUAUAGAAUAUCACACAAUCUGAUUGAACUUAAUAGUGAAACUAGGUCUUCAUUUCUGUUUCA